AUGGACUGGAAAACCCCGGCCCGGGGCAGCCAACAAAGAGGCCCGGGAGGAGGAGGCGCUGGACUAGGACGGACGCGGGUUGACCAAGGAAGUCGCAGGGAAGCUUCCAGCUCCGAGAAAGAGGAGGGAAUGGAGCGGGGAGCUGGAGGCCGACGCAGGGCUGCGGUCCCGGGGCUCCGCGCCCUGCUGCCGGCGCGCGCCUUCCUCUGCUCGCUCAAAGGCCGCCUCCUGCUGGCGGAGUCGGGUCUUUCCUUUAUCACCUUCAUCUGCUAUGUGGUAUCCUCAGCGUCUGCCUUCCUCACAGUGCCUCUGCUGGAGUUUCUGCUGGCCCUCUACUUCCUCUUUGCUGAUGCCAUGCAGCUGAACGAUAAGUGGCAGGGCUUGUGCUGGCCCUUUGCGAUUGACUUCUACCUGAUCUUUAACAACGUGGCCAAAUUCCUCAAACAAGGAGACACCACAGAGGAGAACACAGCCCAGAGGGCAGAAGAGGAGAAUUCCGACUCUGACUCCGACUGAAGGCCUGCCCAUGCCAGCAACCUGAACCACACAGGACCUUCAGGCCAGCACCUGCCUGACAUGCUGAGGAGCAUGUCCAGGGGAAGCUAUGUGUCAGGAGGAAGACUGCCCAAUGGCCCUCUCCACUGCCUCAAGUUUACAUUCCUGAGCCCAGCACAUGAGACUGCACUCCUUGGCUUAGUGCUGUUGAACCACUCCACAAGUGAGGGCAUCUUGAAUAUUCCACCUCUUCCCAUUCCUGUCUGCAUACCUUAAGCCCUUCAACCUCAAUACCAAAGACAAGCACAAAGAGACGCAGCAGACAGAGCUGUGUUACUGCCUGCCACAGCAGUCAGCUCCGGCUGCAGGGCUGAGUCAGGGCGGGAGGGGGAUGGCCUGUUUCAACUAACAGGCGUGAACAGAGACAGAACCACCGCAGGCCAGCCCACCAGGGCCCCGUGGCCUUUGCAUGGAGUGCCCCUGCUCACGCAGCACUUUGGUAAGGAAUCUUUUGUUCAAGGAGCACAAGUUCCUUCCUCAUUGUGAAACAGGAAGGAAACUGACCUUGGCCUUACUGUCCAGGAGUGGAUGAUACCCACCCAGCACUUCACACUUGGAAACAUCUUCAGGUGAGAUAACUGUUCCAAGUCUAACCCUGUUUCAGACAGGAGCUCACAGAUGCACAGAUCAGGGCAACACAGAGGAAACCCGUUGAUCCAUGGCAGUGACCAUGUCAUGGGCAGCUGGGCAGGCCCAGCCAAACCUUUCUGGUGACAAAUGUUCUCAUCAUCCUUCCUUCUGGAUACUGGGGCAGGUCUACUGACCACCUCAUGAGAGAUGAGCCCUCUGUAUUUGCCAAAGGAUUUUUUAGCGUUAUAUAUCUUUGAUGGCAUUUUGUACCUUUUUAUAAUUUUUUAUACAAAAGCAGCUUUAACAAAUGGCAUUUUCUGUGAGGCAAGAGGCCUCAUGAAUGAGCCAAAGUUCUGACCCAUGUCUUGGGCACUUAUAACCUUAUUCUUCUCAUGCAUGUGAAUCUCCUAACCUGAAAAAAAGCGUUUAAUGGAUUAAACCAGACUGACUACCUGCUUUCAGUGUGAUUGAAAAACUCUUCCACCACCCAGAGCAACAGUGUGCCAUAUCCUAGCAUGCUUCAGCACAAACUGGUAACACACGAAUGAACCCUUACAGCUAUGGGUCUUAGCAACAAGGCAUGCAUAUUCACCCGUAUGCCAGGCCUAGCAUAAGAAUCUGGCCAGCAUUUGAUCCUCUUAUUUCAUCUCAUAGUCAAGGAAAUGGAGAGAAAGGGUAGGACUCUGGCCCAGGGCCCUAUCACACAUCAGGAUAACCUCCCACAGCAGCCAGACCCUCGGCCUUUUGAACAAGGUACCUGAGUUGCAGCUGGAGGACCCUGGUGAGUGUCUGGCCCAGGCUGAUGGGAAGAGGCAACUGACACACACAAAGUGUCCUGAAAAUGUGAUAAAAGUAGAAUGGGAAGAAGCCGACAGAGGUCCCUGGUGGAGUUUCUGCUUCACCUUGCCAGUCCAGCAGAGCUGGUAUCACAGAGGCCAUUGCAUCCUGUGGACUGGGUCUCUGUUCGACCUCCACUGAGCAAGACCAUUUCAGAAGCUGGGUCCACAGCCUUUUGGGGGGCAGGGGCAGCARGGCAGAGAGAAGAGACAAUAGCAUUUUUAUAUGUUCAUUUAUUAAACAAGAACUCCUUCAUGACAAUUUAAUACAAUAUUUAUUAGCGAUUAGUGUUGAGAAAAUUAUUUCCCUCUACAUACAAAAAUACAGAUUUGAACAAUGAAAACAAUCAAGACAAAGUACCAUGAAAAAUUGGUCCUUCAAAAGAAAGAAAGGGGGAAGAUCUAGGGUAAUGUUAGGCUUUGUAUGCCGUCAGGGACAAAUCAACAGGAGCAAAUGCUUUGGGGCCCACAAACCACAUCAAAUGUGUAGGAACAAACCCAAGAGCCAGUCAGAGCCACAGGAGGCUCACCCCACAGCACCCAUGUCUACUUGAGAGGCCAGGAUAGAACUCUGUCCCAAACAGCACAAACCAACAUUUGUCCAGUGGCCAUCACCUCAGAACGCCCCACAGCUGUGUCCAUAAACUGCCAAAAAUACUUUCCACAAGCAAAGUGGGACAAUUAACAUUGCCCCCCAAAAGUGCCACUAGCUGAAGUACCGAUGAAUGAUCUGUUGGAAAGUUAUUAUUUAGCUUUUGACUGGACUWCCGUCAUUAUAGAAUUACACGUUUUGAAUCUUCAGAAGGACAAAAAAAAUAAAGCUACAAUUUCAUGUUUCAGUAAAUAUGUACCUUCAUUCUGCAAUGGCUCAACUGGUUUGCUCAAGAUUAUCCUUGACCAGACAUCCUCAGUCCUAUAAGGGUGGGAAAGCAGAAGGAGCCACUAUAGAGUCUGCCUGUGCCCUGGUUUCACCUGUUCCUCGCCGCAAAGCAGCUACUGCAUCCAGGCCUGAAACCCCAAGAGGGCCAUGAGAUGCCCAGGUCAUCCAUGAACCUACAUAAAGUCUGAGAGGAAGUGACGCCUAGAGAAGGCUACUGUGUUUCUGGGAACCAAGUGACACCCAGACUACCCUGGAAGACUCCAGGCCUUAGAACACCUUCAGGUUCCCAGGGGAACGGGACAGGGAGCCAAACACACACUUUCCACCAUUUCAGACUCAAUGAAUGGGAAGUCAGGGCAUGGGUGACCUUUUGGAAGCACUUUCCUCUUACUGUUCGAGGUGAGUGACACUUAGUCUCUUCUAACUGAGCAAAGGAUUAAAUAAURCCAAAUGCAAUUAUACUGACUCAUAAUUGUUUCACAGAAAUGUACUAUUACUCUCAGACUAUUUAAAUAAGCAGAAACAAGAUGUGGGGGACAUUCAGCAGAGAAGAGACAGGAGUAGCAGGGAAAUUUUUUUUGUUGUUGUUUUGGUUUUGUUUUCUUUUUUAAAAUACAUAUUAAGUUUAAAGGAAAAGUGGCCCAAACCUCAAGACCAGCAUUGUUGAAAGGAAAGCAAUAUUAAAAGGACACAGUCUAAAAUCAUACUACAAAAAUAGUGUUAUCUGUUUUAACUAAAUGUACAUCUUUUCUUCCAAUUCCAUGAUUGACAAGAGUGCUUAUGUGACACAUGGAAGGCACCAAAGGUGAAGUGAUUAUUUAUCUUAAAAUAUACAAAGACAGAAUUAACUGCUUUGAAAAAAAAAUACAGUCAUACCUGUAAUAAAUAGUUUAGUGUUUUGCCUAAAAUUUCAACAUAUACAAAUAGUUUUAAUCYCUAGCAUUCUCUUAGAGGGAACCACGUCAAACUAAGUCAAGUUCCAAAAGCACUGAUUUUAUGCAAAUAGAUCAACUUCAUUGUGAUUUGAAAACUCAUUUUUAAGAGGUCGAGAAGAGAAAGCUGGAAGCAGGCUGCCCCAGCUGGGCCUGGGUCAGUAUGGGGUUGGGGGAAAUCCUAGGCAUCCUGUCCUUGCCCAUGUCUUCCCCAGCCCAGGGACCAGGCAGUUUUCCCUUCAAGGCCUGAACAUUUGCAUUCCACACUUCCACAGAGAGGAGAAGGAAAGCUUGACACUUGUAAUAUCAAUUUGGGAAAAAUCGGAAAGGCAAAACAAGAGUCUGGAGAGGGAAGCAGUCAUCAGUUAGGCCUGGCCUGGCCUUGGGUGGGCACCAGAUCUCCCUUCACUGUCCUUAAUUCCUGGUCACUCCUUGGGUGCCUUGCCUUAUAAAUAGGGGAUACUUUCAAUGGGGUGUCAGCAGCAGCAUCCAAGACAACUCACACUAGAUGGUUCAGAUUGUUACUGAACCCCACAAAUCAUCAGAACCUUCUUUCACACCAUUUCUUUUUUCAGGCAUAAUUAUGAAAAGAAACUCUAGACCUUGCCCUAAAUCGCAUCAACAAAGAUGAUUAAGAUAGUGCCAGACACAUUCUUACCAUAAGAAUUAGAACCUUAAAAGUUCCAACAGCUCACCAGAGUCCAAGCAGUAUUAACCCUUCACCAAAGGCUCGCCUGAGUUCAAGUCUCAGCACAGUGUGUGAACAACUAGCUCAAUGAAACAAAUCUGCUAAACUUCAUUCUGGGCAAGCUGCCUGUUGAUUCAAGCUCACUGAGCUAGUGGGUCAUUCUUUUCUUUACUGUUACAUUUAUGGAAUAAGAAAAACUAGAAAGGAAAAGAAUUCCAAAGGUUGAGAAAUUGUAUUCAAAUGGAAAAAGAAUAUAUUCCAGACAAAAGAAGGGAAAAUAUAAGACUGCUGCCUCUGUUUCAAGCCAAGGUGUGUGCGAAUGUUUACGGUCAUGAAGAAAAUUCAGUUUCAGGAAAAAAUUCUUCUAGAUCUAACAUACUGAAGGUAACUUUUAGAGACAGUUUAUAAAUAAAGGAAACAUAAAAGGUCAAAUAUUUCAAAUUACUUUCUCAACCAGACAGAUCUUCUGAUUUUUAAGGUAUCUGCUGAGAAGAAAGAUUUUAGAGUCAGAAAAGUUUAAAAAGCAAAAGGGUGGCCCUCUUAGGUCUGUGUCCUUCCUGGGGUGCAUCUGAGCCAGGUCAAACCCAGAGUAGAUGCCAGGAGGCAAGAGCAUGGAGGAAUACCAGUCCCCAAUGGUCAGCUCUUGUCUUCAGGCUGAUUCUGAAACGCAAGAUCUCACCCUUCUAAACAUAAGAGCAUAGGAAGGUGGUGAGCCAAAAACACAUUCCUUAAGUAGCCUGAGGUAUAAACACACCUGGUGCCAACAAAAGCCCCCUUUCCCUUCCUUCUCACUUCUCACCCACCCCUGUGUUGACCUCAUCUGCCCACCAAGUCCCUUGCCUAGUUGGUCCUAGGAGUG